UGCAAACUGAAAAUAAUGAAAUCCACGACAGUGAUAGCCAAUGAUUCAUUUAAAGCGAAUUGACGAAUUUAUUCAUUAUUUUUGAUAUGUACUCAUAGGCCUAUAUAUUUAAUUACAUUUGUUACAGCUUGAUGUCGUGCACAUUGUAGGCCAAUGCUCUUGUGAAUUCGCAUCGAUAAACAGAGGCGAAAUUGUGUGCUUUUAUAGACGCAAGCAUCAAACAUCCCUUGUGGUACGGUAUGAUGAUGAGAUUGGUUGGUUAUAAUGAAGCAGGCUUAGAUCAGACUGAGUAAGGUCAUGUUUACGGUACGCUUGCUGUACACUGUACCGUCGCUCAAGGAAGGAAGGAAGGUAAACAGUGAAAGCCUUUUGUUUGGUUUUGCUCGUAUGUAUACUAGAAGAUAAUAGGAACACUGAAAAAUUGUUGAAUCGUACUUUCUGUUUGGAGAUAUUUGCGGUUUCCUGUAACCGUUUUAAUUUAAAAUGGCUUCCGAACUAAGAGGAGCAGGGCUAGAUGUGCGAAGUAGCUGGAGUUUCAGGUCUACGGCGGAAGAUAACAGCUACCACAGUGAUGGUCUAGACAGACAGCAUAGUCGUAGGAAUACACAGGUUAAAAAACGUAAAUGUCGAUCGCCGUAUAAACAUGUAACAUUUGUCGUACUCGUGUUCCUAAUACUGGCGACGUACGGAGGAAUCAUACACUCGUACUACGAUGGUGUAGCUAAAGCAAUAGAGGACCGAUUCGAAAUUAGUCAUUCAACAUCAUUAUUUGUCAUGUAUGUUAGAGAUGGUGCAUCGAUUUUGACAUUAAUUUUUGCCUGUUAUUUUGGCUCCAGAUCCCACCCACCAAGGGUAGUAAGUUUAGGGGCGUUCUUGUGCGGUGUAGGCAUCAUUUGUUGUGGUUUACCGCACUUCCUUUGGGAUUCUGCACUAUCCGAUCUGGACGUAGGGGUAUCUAACAUUACAAUCGCCACUACCACUGAAGAGAUUGCACUCCAGACGGAUAUUUAUGGUGAAAUAAGAAACAACAUGCUCUGUUCUACCACUGGUGAAAAUGUACAUAGCGAGCUACAUAAAGAUGCCGAAAAUUGCCCAAAAAGUUCUGUGUUUAUAUCGUUUCCGCAAAUGUCGAGGAUGGUAUUGAUAAUAGUUGGACAGAUACUAUGCGGGAUCGGUAUAGGCCCUAUUCUGCCGCUUUCAGUUAUGUAUCUCGUAGAUGCAACUGACAAGUCUUGCACAUCAAUAGUUGUUGGUGUAUUUAUUGUUGCUUUGGUAGUAGGCCCUAUAGCUGGCUACUUUGCUUGGCAAUUCUGCCUCAAUACACCAGUUGAUUUUUAUCAACUUGGAACCGCAGACAGUGAUCUCCUCCCAUCGGACCCAGAAUGGUUUGGGGCCUGGUGGCUAGGGUUCAUUGCAGGUGGUGCUUUUAUCAUCCUGGUAAGCAUUCCACUUUUAUGUUUCCCGCGAAGUCUGCAACCAGAUGCGCAUGAAGACGACGACGGAGAAGAUGACGAUGCAUACAGGUUGAUUGUUGAAAAGCCGGACAAAGCGUGGGAAAAAGGAUGUUUUAAAGGUCUUUGUUUCUCUAUGCGCAGACUUUUUAGAAAUGUAACUUUCACAUCCAUGGUGUUCGGUCUAACUUGUGAAGUGGCAAUUAUUUCUGGCUUUCUGUUUCUUGCGGCAAAAUAUAUGUUUCAACAAUUUGAAACCGAUUUGGAAACAGCAUCGGUAAUAGUUGUCACAAUUUCAUUACCAGGCGUCGUGGUUGGUCAAAUAAUUGGUGCGUGCGUUGUCAGGCGGUGGGGAUUGGAUGCCAAACGCUGUGCGCGGAUGGUUUUCUUUAUGUGUGUUCUGUCAGUCUGUUGUACACCGUUGUUAAUUCUGAUUGGUUGUCGAAACCCAACAAUAGCAGGCUAUACAAUACCAUACCCAAAAGCAAUUGGAAAUGCUUCUACAACAAUCGAGUGCAAUGCCAACUGUGGCUGCGACGAGCAUGUGUACGACCCUGUGUGUGACUGGAAUGGGGUAAUAUACGUUAGUGCCUGUCACGCUGGGUGCAGGGGGCAGCUUAAAGGCAACAGAUCCCUUGUCCCUGGAGUACAAAACAAAAUGAUUUUCACUGCAUGUCAGUGCAUAAUCCUGGAAGGGGACAGUAACACGAUAAACCCUUCUGGUGGCUACGCUUUCCCAACAUGCCGUCACAAGUGGGAUUGCGAUAACAAAAUAUAUUUGUUCGUCGGUGCUUAUGUGGCUUUAUCGCUUAUGACGUCUAUUUUGGGAAAUCCUGCUUUCGUAAUUAUCGUAAGGUGUGUACAUCAGUACGAUCGAGCUAUGGCCGUCGGCAUGGCGUCACUCGUGUUACGAACACUUGGGUUUAUACCAGCCCCGUUCUAUUUUGGAGCGAUUCUUCGAAUAGGGUGUUGGAUUCGGGAUUUUUCGUGCGGGGAAGAAGGCGAUUGUCUGCUGUACGAUAUUGAACGAUAUCGAUACCUUUUCAUUGGCCUUUUCCUAGGCCUCAAGUUUUUGGCACUUAUUGCAUAUGCCGUUACAAAUCGUUUUGUGCGCAAAGAAACUGACGAAGAGCGUUACGAGAAGAUUCCCAAGGCAAACAAUAGCGAGAGUCAUUCUGAAGAUCAUAUGUGUACAGAUGUUUAAAACCGGAUCCGCUCUCUUCUGAUUUUUGCAAAGUGAAACAGAAUAGGUACCGGUACGAUUUUGGCCAGAUCACCAAUGAAAGCAUGAUAUGAUGGUCCGCCUAUGGAUGACUUGAUGAAGCAAUCAUCAAAUGAAUAAACGUUCUCUAAAAUCAAUACCAAAUUGUAAUACUACCAGCGGUUAUUCUAGCAGAUGUUUUGUAUUCUUCUUGGAAUAUGAUUAAGUCUAUCCAUGGUCUAUAAGAGAAGAGAUAUGUAAAAACUGCCACCGAUGUUAGAUUUAUCAAAUUUGAAUCAUCAUAGUAUUAGGCCUAUCACGCUAUACUGUGUAGCCUCUGUAGGUCAGUUAGUAGGCCCAGGCCUAUAGGGCCUAUAGAAUGGUGACUACGGUGUCUCAAAAGGGUGUACCGGUAGAAUAAAUACUGGGUAAUAGAGAGUUUCCAAACAUAAACGCUACCGUACGUCCCGCUUUUUUUAUACAACUCAUCGUGCGUAACUUCCUACGUUCGUGCUCAUCUUGUAAUGUAGUGUUGCACGGGCUGUAUAAACUGGGGUAACCCUAACCCCUACUCUUCUCGAAAUAUGUACUGAUUAGUGCGGAUGAGUCCUUAAAAGACUUGUUCCACCAACACAACCACAGGGGAGCGUACGGUACCGCUCGAACCAGCGCCUGGCUGUAAAUUGCGGCGCCUCUGCCUUACUCACAA